ACAGCAGCGCUUUCGUUAAAAUACAAGCCCGUUAAAUUUAGAGUUUAAAAAUAUACAUUUUGAAGACAAUAAAUAGCGCAAGUCAUUUAUUAUUAUUAUUAUUUAUUUAUUUAUUUUUAUAACCAAAGUGAAUCUGUACCUGAAACAUAACAACACCGGUCUUUGUGGGGAAUCUGCGAAUGAGAGAAGCAGGCUAACGCUAGCUGUUCCCGUGACUUGUUUUGGUUGACAAAUGCUCCAUUACUGAUCUAGAGCAUGGCCAUCCCUAUAGCCAUCUUGGACUGUGAUCUCCUCCUGCAUGGCCGAGGCCAUAAGACCCUGGACCGCUUUGACCUGGACUCGGUCUCAGACAACUUCCUCCUCACGCAAUUUGGCUUCCCCAGAGGCUUUAUCUUGUAUCUGGUGGAAUUACUUAGAGAGGGUCUGUGCAGACGAACCCAGCGGUCCAGAGCCAUCAGUCCUGAGGUCCAGGUGUUGGCCGCAUUGGGUUUCUACACAUCGGGUUCAUUCCAAACAUCCAUGGGGGAUACGAUAGGGAUCAGUCAGGCAUCAAUGUCGAGAUGUGUGUCCAAUGUGACGAGAGCCCUGGUGGAGAAAGCUCCUCAAUUCAUUAUGUUUAACAGAGAUCCUUCCAGCAGAGAGCAGUCCUUCCAGGAGUUUCAGAGGGUGGCAGGAUUUCCUGGAGUUCUGGGGGUGUUGGACUGUGUUCAGGUUGCCAUCAAAGCCCCUAACAGUGAAGACUCAUCAUAUGUGAACAAGAAGGGCUUCCACUCUGUGGCCUGUCAGCUGGUUUCCGAUGCCCGAGGACUUUUACUCAGUGCAGAAACACACUGGCCAGGUGGACUCCAAGACACUGCUGUUCUAGAAAAAUCCACUCUGUUCAAACACAUGCAGGACACCGAGCAGGGCUGGCUCCUAGGUGACAGCCGUUACCCUUUGAGGAAAUGGCUGAUGACGCCGGUUGACUGCCCAGAAUCCCCUUCAGAGUUUCGAUAUAAUCUGGCCCACACUGCUACACGUGAGAUAGUGGAUCGAACCUUCAGAGCAAUUCAAACCAGAUUCAGGUGUUUAGAUGGCACCAAAGGAUACUUACAGUACUCUCCAGAGAGGAGUUCAUCCAUCCUGCUGGCCUGCUGUGUUCUCCACAAUGCCUCCUUGCAGUCUGGAUUAGACGCCUGGACUCUGGAAAGAACGGAGCCUCUCGAGCAGCCAAAGAGCCUCAACCAGAGACCCGAGGACCGCGACAGCCAGGCAGAGGAACUCCGAAGGCAGCUCAUAUUCAAACACUUCAGCUGAAACAGUGGGGUUAAAGGGGAUGAAGACUGGGACCAGUGCAAAGCUGAAUAUCACAAGAAACUCAUUUAAAGCAAGAAACUCCAGGGACACGGUGUUGCUGAUGCAGUUUUUUAAUAUUUUGCUGG